GUCAGGACCAAUCCAAAUGGCCCUAUCGAAAUGCUUGGUUCCUUCGUGAAGAUAGGGGGAAAGACAGAAAAGGGAACCAUGUCGACGAGCUGCUAAUGAACAAAAAUCAACGAAGAAUUUCGCCGCCGUCGGAUUAUAACCAGGAUAGCUAUGUUUACAUGGUGAAUGUUUAUGGAUUAUGCUAUUGCGAAGAGUGGCAAAAUGGAUUUGGCAAUGGCCCGAACAUAUUGAAUAGCUCGUGUGUGGGGGGAGAGGAAAGACAUUUCAGCGAGAAUUGUGAGGGACGAUAGGAAGACAAUAACCCUGUGAAACCUCUCACCUUUUCUCGCUCUGAGAGGCCUCUGAAGUAUUCUUUAAUGGCUCUUCUGUCGGUCUCUCCUCCGCGUCUUUUUUUCGCCCGCACCACUCAUAAAACAAUCGAGGUCGAAUCGCCGUAGCCUGCCAUUAAGUCCUUAUUCGACCGUUCUGGUUUUAACGUUAAAUUCUUAUUUUUUACCUAUAACAUACUGGCAACCCUCGGUAGGGUGAUUCAGACGCUUAAAUAUGGAUUUUAACGGUAGCGGUGGAGGUAACGAGCUACACAACAAUCAGUUCUAUCAGUCCGAGGAAAGCAAGCCUUUACUGGGAGAGAUGUCUACGCCGCCACCGCCAGAGGGUAAUAAUAAUAAGCUGGCCGCCGGGCCAUGUCGGAGGACCCUUCACUGCAGUAGUGGGAUGCGUUACAAACUGCUUCAGGAGGGAGACAUCCAGGUGUGCGUGAUUAAACACCCUCGCACUUUCCUAAGCAAGAUCCUCACGUCGAAAUUUUUAAGAAGAUGGGAGCCGCACCACCUCACCUUGACAGAGAGCAGUCUAGUCUCCGCAACGCCCACAGGAUACAUGGAGUCGGUGCUGUCCUACAGCUCUAUAGAGGAUGUGCAGCUCCUGUCCUGGGAGAACGCGCCCAAGUACUGCGUCCAGCUGAGCUUCCCUGGUGGGACUGUCCUGCUGCAGGCAGCGAACAGCUACUUGCGAGACCAGUGGUUUCACUCUCUACAGUGGAAGAAAAAGAUCUACAAGUACCGUAAGGUCCUUAGCAACCCGAGCCGGUGGGAGGUUGUGCUAAAGGAGAUCCGGGCGCUGGUGGACAUGGCCCUCACCUCCCCGCUGCAGGACGAGUCCAUCCACCAGGCGCCGCUACACAUCAUCUCCACUCUGCUGGCUGAGAACACAAGCCUCAGCACGCAGGACCAUGAGAACAUCAUAGUGGCCAUAGCUCCACUCCUGGAGAACAAUCAUCCACCACCUGACCUGUGUGAAUUCUUUUGCAAGCACUGUCGUGAGCGUCCUCGGUCGAUGGUGGUGAUUGAAGUGUUCACUCCUGUGGUGCAGAGAAUCCUUAAACACAACAUGGACUUUGGAAAGUGCCCCAGAUUGCGGUUGUUCACGCAGGAGUACAUCCUGGCGCUGAACGAGCUUAAUGCAGGAAUGGAAGUGGUGAAGAAGUUCAUCCACAGCAUGCAUGGACCUACAGGACAGUGCCCACACCCCCGCGUUCUGCCCAAUCUGGUGGCUGUGUGUUUGGCAGCCAUUUACUCCUGCUAUGAAGAGUUCAUCAACAGCCGUGACAACUCCCCCAGCCUGAAGGAGAUCCGUAACGGCUGCCAACCCCAGAGUGAGCGGAAGCCCCCGAUGCCCCUGCGCCUGCUGCGACAGGAGCCGCCCACCCCUCCUCCGGGCGCUCUCUUGCCCCCGGCCCCCACGCUCUCGCCUCCGCCACCUCCCCUGCCCCUGCCCCCGGCUCCGCCCAUCGCCAACUCGAGCGAGGUGCUGGUGGAGCUGGAGCGGAGCAACAACGCGGCCAACGCAGCGCUGCGACGCGGCCCGGCUGGCGGGGACAGCGAGCCCAACCUCAUCGACUGCCUGAUGGUCAGCCCUGCGCUCAGCGCCCUGGCCAUCCAGCUGCCCGCGCAGGCCGACCGCACACUCGGCUGCUUCGCCCUCAUCCUCAAGAUGCUGUCUGACUACGAUGACUGGAGACCAGCCCUGGCUAGUCUGCUGCAGCCCAUCCCCUUCCCCAAAGAGGCCCUUGCACAUGCCAAAUUCACAAAGGAGCUGAAACACGUCAUUCAGAGGUUUGCAGAGGACCCACGACAAGAGGUUCACUCCUGCCUCCUGAGCGUUCGCUCGGGGAAAGAUGGCUGGUUCCAGCUGUACAGUCCAGGCGGUGUGGCCUGUGAUGAUGACGGAGAGCUGUUUGCCAGCAUGGUGCACAUCCUCAUGGGGUCCUGCUAUAAGACCAAGAAGUUCCUGCUCUCCCUGGCUGAGAACAAGCUGGGACCCUGCAUGCUACUGGCCCUGCGAGGCAACCAGACCAUGGUGGAGAUCCUGUGCUUGAUGCUUGAGUACAACAUCAUUGAGAACAAGGACACACAGCUGCAGAUCAUCUCCACCCUGGAGAGCACCCAGGUUGGCCUGCGCAUGUACGAGCAGCUAUGUGACCGACAGAGAGAGCUGAAGGAGCUGCAAAGAAAAGGAGGUCCAACUCGUCUCACACUGCCCUCAAAGUCCACAGACGCUGAUCUGGCCCGUCUGUUGAGUUCGGGCUCCUUUGGGAACCUGGAGAACCUGAGUCUGGCCUUCACCAAUGUCACCAGUGCCUGUGCUGAGCAGCUCAUCAAGCUGCCCUCCCUCAAGCAGCUCAACCUCUGGUCCACUCAGUUUGGGGAUGCAGGACUGCGGUUGUUGUCAGAGCACCUGGCAUGUCUGCAAGUGCUGAAUCUGUGUGAGACACCGGUUACUGAUGCAGGCCUACUGGCCCUGAGCUCCAUGAAGAGCUUGUGCAGUCUCAACAUGAACAGCACCAAACUAACUGCUGACACUUAUGAGGACCUGAAGGCCAAACUUCCGAACCUGAAGGAGGUGGACGUUCGCUACACAGAGGCCUGGUGAACUCCCGUGUACUCACCCCCGUCCCCCCGCCACCACACCUGACCACACCAAACCUCCGACACCACCCUGACACGAGGUUUCUUCCUCUGACAUCUGAACGCGUCAAGCUUUCAUCCUCAUUGCCACUCUACGUGUCUGCCACUGCCAGCUAUCGGUUAGGAAAGAACAGGGGAAUUGGGGAUUUGGGGUGGGGGGAGCGCUGGCACAUCUUGAUAGGACCUUUGGACCCCUCUGUUGAUGUCCACCAUGGGAAGGGGGGACGGGGAGUGACUACAAUCAAGACAUGAUUGUCUUGGAUCCUCAUUUUACCAUGAACCUUUUCUGUGUAUUGACAUUGCUCUAAACGAACCCUCAUUUUUAAGUUCAUCAGCCCACAACAGUGACUCUCUCUUUCUCUCUCUCUCCCUCUCUCUCAUUCACUUUUAAUUGCUUGCCUCAGUUUCACCCCUUUUUUCAGCCAUGAUCUCCUGUUGGCAUGCCCAUGCUUUUCAGGAUUGCCCCUCCUAUACUGGUUUGCUUAAGUUUAUCGUUUGUUAGUUUGUAACUUCUUUAGUGGUCGUGGUCACCCCCACCCCUCUCACUCACUCAGAAGCAGAAUGACAAAAGACUGUGACUACACACAUUUUUUGCCCUCAAGAAGUCUCGGUGUCAAGGUUGCUCCAUUCACAUCUGUUUUACGUUCUUUCACCCAAAGGCGUCACCUUGCUCACUGUCCCUUUUAGCUUACUGGGAGCUGGAAUAGUCUGAGCCACAUUCCACUCAUGUUUGGACCCUGCCAAGUGUCCCUCUGUACAUAACAAAAACAUGAGAUAUCUACAAGAGCUCACUUCUAUCAUUUCAAAGCUUCGUAUGCAGUACCACCUUUUUAGAGUUUCUCUUCUCAUUUUGGGCGUGGGCAGUCCUCAACCAGGUGAAUCACAACCUCUGUGAGAUGGGUGAAAGAUUGUGCCUCUCUUCUUCUCUCACUCUGAUUCUCCAUCUCUGUCUCUUUCUUUCUUUCUUUCUUUCUCUCUAUCUCUUUCUUUCUCUCUGAUCUUAAAAUACUGUCUCUCCCUUAAAAUUUGUAUCAACUUGAAUGAACAUAUUUUUCCAGACAUCUCUGCUUUUCAUAUACUGUGUGUUUAUAUAGUGUGUGUGUAUAUAUAUAUAUA